CAAGAAUCCCCAAAGCUUCAGAAGGUUGGCCGCAGAGCCUGCUGCUUCUUUAGUGUGAGUUUCCAUAGCUAGGUACUACCCCAUCAGUGACCCCGGACAGUAACAAAACAUAUAAAAGCCCGAACCCAAACCUCGCCACCAUCAUAGGUCUGUAGUUACUGUGGAAUCAGUAAGCCAUGGCAUCUAAGAAAUUUGCUGUUAAAUGUGGGAAUUUUGCUGUCCUGGUGGAUCUUCACAUAUCGCCGCAAGAUUCAAACAAAGAUACCAGCUGGUUUUCUGAACAGAAGAAAGAGGAAGUCUGUUUACUGUUAAAAGAAACCAUUGAUUCAAGAGUUAAGGAGUACUUGGAAGUUCGUAAACAGCACAGGCCGUCAAACGCAGAAUUCACAAGAUCCAGUCCCUUGUCCUUAAAAGGUUACGGCUUUCAAAUCACAGCCUACUUCCUCAAAAGAGGGAUACGACUUCGCUGUAUCAGGGGCACAGAGAAUUCUGAACUCCAUGUAUUCCCCGACAGAUUUGUGGUCUGUGUAAGUCAGCUUGCAUUCAAUCAUGAUGUUUUGGCAAGUCAGAAUGAAGAAUUGACAGAAAGAGCUCUCCACGGAGUGUCUGAUUAUUUUUCUGAGUGUGCGGAGAGUCCACUUCCUCCCAGUGCAAAGCUCAAGAGAAAUGCUCUGAAAGAAAUUGUGAAAAGAACUAAAACAAAAGGCAGCAUCAUGAGCAAAUCACAGACCAGCAGGGACACUGUGGGAACAUCUAGUGACUCAGUGAUUGCAGAGAUAGCAAAGAGGAGGGAUGAUGGUCAGGCUUCAUCCAGCCUCUCAUCAGAAUCCAUGGCCCAAGCAAAGGAUUACAUAAAGGCAGCUGAGAGCCACUGGGGGCUUCCUGUUCAAAAGCUGGAAAAUGUUAAUCAGAGCCAGCCAGAAGACACUGGCAGCCAGCAAAAACCUCAUCCUGGGGAGCGGUUAAAGACAGGGCUUCUAAGCAGGAGCUCUGUCUAUAGCUGUGAGUCAGCAUCACCAGGUCCAAAACAAAGUCCUCGAGCAGCCAAAACACAACACAAACGCAGGAACUGCGGCUCUGUGGAAGACUUCGACCACCGCAAGAGAGUUUCUCUUGGAAGUGAUCGAUUAGUCCCAAGAGAAAUAAUAGCGGAAAAAAGCAAAGCUGUCAGGGUUUCGCCAACUUCAGAGUUGUCAGUUCCGGGGUUACUUUUGAAACAAGAUUUGGCAAAAACCACGUCUAAGGAAGAGUUGCAUGUUUUGGAAAAUCUCUCCUCCAGACAUCUUAUGAAAAAUGACACAGGGCAGGCACAGCAAACCGGCUCAGCCACAAACACAGAAAGAUUAUCUACAGUUCACAGCAGCCCAACCAAGAAAAGAAGGAAAUACGAAAAAGGCCAUUAA